AAAACAUUUUUCUCAAAAAUAUUAUUCUCCAAAUCUAUUGAGAGAUUAGGCCUGCCCUGCUGGGCGCCAUCUCUGGAGAUGAGCCAAUUUACCGUCUUGGCACGACCACCAGAAAUCUUAUAGAUAAAUCAUUAAUGACUAGUGAUAUUACCUUACGUCGUCUUGAACCAUGCCCUCAUAAAAUGUAAGCAACCAUGUCGCGUAUCCAGUGUUUCUUUCGACUGUUUAGAUUCAGAGCUAGCAAUGUCCGAUUCACGAUUGAAUCACUCUAUUGAUUCGGUUCAAUUUCAUGAAAUGUGUACACGCUUGGCGUGAUGGCUUGAAUUGGACCGCGAUUCAGUGUGAAUAAUGUGAAAGAAAACUACUAACUUUAAAAUACCACAAAAUUGUCAAACCUGCAACUACUAUCCUUUGCCAGCGAUUAAGAAAAACCUUUAAGUUUGACACCUGCACGUGCUGUGAAGGACUUUUCUUCCUUCCUACUUCAGGGUGCAGCUGGUGGCACGUAGGUCUGAAAGAAUGGCCUACCCUGGUUCUGGUUGGAUGAGGGCCCAGCUUUAAGAUGUAUGGCCCCUGGUACCUGUCUCAGAGAUGAAGAGCACCCCCACCAUCUUCCUCCUCACUCUAGCUGUCCUGUGCAGAGCUGAGAGUGUGAGUGGGAAGACGGUGAAGGACACAGUGCAAGAAUGGAACCGGUAUCGGAAGGAGUGCAUCACGAAGAUAAGCUCACAACCCACCCCCUCAGGUUUGUUUUGCAAAAGCAUGUUUGAUAUGUACGCUUGUUGGACAGAUGGAGUUCCCAACACAACUGUGAAAGUGCCGUGCCCCUGGUAUCUGCCUUGGUAUGAUCAAGUGCAUAAUGGGUUUGUGUCACGGGAAUGUGGUCCAGAUGGCCAGUGGCUCACCGUCAACGACAGCCGCACAUGGAGAGACCACUCACAAUGCAAUGCAGAUGACAACCAGGAGAAACAGGAGAAUCAGAUGAUGAUCUUGGCCUAUUUCAGAGUGAUGUACACCGUUGGUUACUCUCUGUCCCUGGCCAGCCUGUCUUUAGCCCUUGUUAUACUUCUCCUAUUCAGGAAGCUCCGCUGCACACGUAAUUAUAUCCACACCAAUCUGUUUGCCUCUUUCAUCCUGCGAGCUGUGUCCAUCCUCACGAGAGAUGCACUUCUCAUGAAAGACGCUCCUGAGUUCAGGGACAACAAAGAUCUUUCGAUCGUUCUGAGCGACCAGGUGAUGUCAGGCUGCCGUGUGGCUCAGGUCCUGAUGCAGUACUGUGUUGGGGCAAACUACUAUUGGCUACUGGUAGAAGGUCUAUAUCUUCACAACCUACUGGUGCUGAUGGUCUUCUCAGAGAACAGCUACUUCUGUGUAUACCUCUUCAUCGGCUGGGGAACACCUGUGCUCUUUGUGGUGCCUUGGAUAGUUGUCCGUUACCUUUAUGAGAACACCAGGUGCUGGGAGAUCAACGAAAAUAUGGCAUAUUGGUGGAUCAUCCGAACGCCAAUCCUUUUGGCGAUUUUAGUGAACUUUUUUAUAUUUAUAAGGAUUAUUCAGAUCCUCGUCUCCAAAUUAAAAGCACAUCAGAUGAGAUAUACAGAUUAUAAAUUUAGGUUAGCCAAGUCCACGCUGACCCUCAUCCCCCUGUUAGGGAUUCAUGAGGUGGUGUUUGCUGUGAUGACAGAGGAACAGACUGAGGGCGUGCUUCGCAAUGUCAACCUGUUCUUUGAACUCUUCUUCAAUUCUUUUCAGGGUUUUCUGGUAGCCAUAUUAUACUGCUUUGUCAACAAAGAGGUACAGUCCGAAAUCAAAAAGAAAUGGCAGCGAUGGAAAUUGGGUAUAAGCAUUUUGGAGGACCAGCGUAAUACAGGUAGCAACACACAGCAGGGAGGGGCAGGUCCUCAGUGUCACCACGACCAAGCCUGCUCUCCAGACUGCCCUCUGGACAGUGGCAGCCAACCGUCCUCGGACCCAACGCCCACAGCCACCCAACUGCCUGUUCAGCAUCACUACCAUCCCGGAGCAAAGAAAGGCAAGGCGUACUGCUACAUCUCUGCCCGAAAGCAGGUUCUGAACGGCCUGGAUGUGCCAGCAUUACCCCAGUGUGCCGGAGAGGGAGCAGUGACGUUUUCUGAGAGCUACUGUUGAACCAUGUGGACUGGACAAACAAAGCCAGAUAUCAUGGAGUGUCCCACUGUUUUUAACUCUCAGAGGGAUAUUACUACAUCACGUUUCUCACAUUACGCCUGGCAACACCCUUUAUUUGUGUUUUUCUUAUUUACCCCAUACCUCAUUUUGGACACUAAAUUCAUUCUGUUAUGUGCCAACAUUGUGGACCAACUCAAAGAAUGCCUACUUUUAAGUCAUUUAUAUUUAUGAUUGCAUGAGGAUUAUCUGUUCAAAGUCCACAGGUAAGACACACAAACAUCACCUGGCCUGGAAAAUCACCAAAUAGCCAUUGGUAUGUUAACCCCCCAAAUUUUUUUGGACCCUUAAGACACAUAUCCAAUACCAUUUAAGAAUUUGAAGUCAGUAAGAUUUGUAAGAAAUUAUUUCUUUCAUUCAGCAAGAAUACAUUAAAUUGAUCACAAAUGACAGUAAAGACUUUUACAAAGUUACAGAUAAUGCUGUUUCAAGUAAAUGCUUCUCCUAUUCAUCAUGGCAUGUUGAAAAAGCACAGUUUCUAAUAUUAAGCAGAACUACAGUUUUCGGUAUAGAUAAUAAUAAGAAAUGGAUAUUAGAAUGAUUUCUGAAGGACAAUGUGACACUAAAGACUGGAGUAAUGCUGCUGAAAAUUCAGCUUUACCAUCACAGGAAUACAUUACUUUUUAAAAUAUAUUCAAAUAUGAAACCGGUAUUUUAAAUGUGAUAAUAGUUUACAAAUUUAAUGCUUUUACUGUAUUUAUGAAUAAAACAUUCUGCCUCUGUGAGCAUUAGAGACUUCGAAAAAAUGUUGAAAGGUAGUACAUCAUAACUGCAUAUGCUACUUGGUUUUAUACUUUAUUUAAUGCAAAGUGUUUCAUUUUUUUAUGCAGUUUAAGAGCACCAAAUACUUUUUGGGGAGACUGUAUGUACAUACUGUAUAAGCACCAAUAAUAUAUAUAUUUUUUUUUCCCAUGAAAAGCAAA